AGACAAGAAUGCGUAGCGUGCGUUAACGGUUGUCCUCGUGGCUGAGCAUUUCUUGCGAUGCCGCCCAAGAAGAAGCCGGAUCCGAAACAGAAAUCAUCGAAGCCGCAGAAGAAAGACGCAAAGUCAGGAGGAGGAGGGAAAGCAAAGAAAAAGAAAUGGUCAAAAGGCAAAACGCGAGAAAAGCUGAACAACUUGGUUUUGUUUGAUCAAGCGACGUAUGACAAACUGUACAACGAGGUUCCGAAGUACAAGCUGAUCACACCGAGUGUUCUGUCUGAGAGGUUGAAGAUCCGAGGCUCGUUGGCUCGUCAGGCGCUUAAUGAGUUGCUAGCAAAGGGUUAUAUCAGGCCAGUAUCAUUACACAGCUCACAGAAGAUCUACACAAGAGCAACGAAAGGAGACGAAGGAAAGUAGUCAGGAUGGUCGUUGACUUGUGUAGCAUCUAUAAUGGUUGUUCAAUAAAUGCACAGAAAGUGA